AUGCGGAGCGGUGCCGUGCCGUCGUCACCCCUCCCUGGUCGGAAUUCCUCCAAUUCGUUGUGGAAAAGACGUAUUCACUCUGCAUCCCCCAUUACAGGCGGUCAGCAGCCGUUCCGCCUACUCGUCAUCUCGCCCGGCCAACCCAUCCGCAAUUUCUCCAUUCCGACUAACGCUGUUCAAAACGAUGCUGGAUCAUUCACGACGCAGCUCCUCCUCAAUCAACACCAGCGUGUUUUAUUAAGCAUGUCGGAUGCGACCGGAGUGACCGCGGGUGGGAUAACGAGUUUGUUGACAGUGGGAGCGUCAAUGAGUGGUGCCCAGUGCAAUACAACCAGCCCUGUUCCAGAUUUCUUCUUCUCGUUGGAUGGUGACCUGGAGGAAUGCAAAUCAUACCCCUUCACACUGUACUCUGGCGCCGUGCAGCCCAUUACAAUUACUGGCUUCAUUCCGAAUGGACAGUCUUUCCAAAUCACACCAACCAUCGGUGACAGCUAUACAUGGAAGAACAACCUAACCGCUGGCACAUCCGUUUCAUUCUCCAUGACGGACUCCCAAGGUCGGACCGGAGGAACCUCCGAUAUUCGCGUCGUUAAGUUGUCGGGCGACCAGUCUUGCCUGAGCACCUCGACCUCAGCUGGUACCAGUUCUACUACCACUUCAAGCGGAAGUCAAAAUACAGACUCGGGCGGUACAGGUGGUUCGAACGAAGGAAAGAAAUCUAACGUAGCUGCGAUCGCGGGUGGUGCGGCUGCGGGUGUGGUUGCUCUGCUCCUCGCGGGUCUCCUCGCGUUCCUCUUCAUGAGAAGGAAGAAGACUCAGCCCAGCCAGAAGACCGACCUUACUGCCGUUCCUUUCUUACCGGCCCCUCCCGAUGAUGGAUCUCAAGGACAUCGUCCAGUCUUUCGAGCGCAGUCGCCCCAGUCGACGCACAACACGCAUGGCAGUAUCUCCCAGAAAGGUCUCCUUUCACAUUCAAGCCAUCCUUCGUUUUCAGGAUCUCCCAAUACCAGUCCUAUGAUGUCAGAAUUCGGAGCGGAUCAGACCAGACUACAGCCGGGACCGUCAUUGUCAGGGUAUCCACCACACCGUCCGCUGAGCGCAGAAAGCUUGUCUGGAGGACACUCGCAAUACCCUCCACAACCUCCGCAACGUGUCAUCCUUCAUACCGACAUUGCAGAAUCCAUGCCUAUGGAUGAACCAUUGGAACUGCCACCUCAAUAUUCAGCCGGUCGAGCACCCAUUCCAGGACUACCGUCGUCAACAACACCUGCCCUUCUUCCGCCAGAGUCAUCGUCAUCAUCAAAUGGAGGAGGUUUGUCUGGAAAGAUUCGGUCGUAG